AUGGCUACCGUGGCUCCUCUCGCCUCUCCUCCUUUACCACUAGAAUAUUUGGUGUACAAAACCGUAUUCUGGAUUGAAACCAAUUCAUUCUAUCAAAUGUACUUGUUCUUUGAAGAGCUUAAUAAGGCUUCCAUGGAACAACAAGCAACAAACGGACCUCGGAAUGCAACCGCUGCAUAUUAUGCCUAUCAUGGAGCUGCUCUCGCUGCACCUGUAAAACCUUUGCAAAUUAUUGAUUUGAUUAAUCACUAUGACAAGUGUUUCCGUAGAAGACCAUUGUAUUCAGCGUGUGCCAAAGGCUCGCUACCUCUCGUGAGAUAUUUGGUAGACUUGGGAGCUCGUGUUAAUGAUUUAAACGAAUCCGAACAUACUGCCUUAUGGAUUGCUUCCAAUCAUGGACAUUAUGAAAUUGUAAAAUUCCUUCUCAAACGAGGAGCUGAUAAGAAUAUGAAAUGUAAGAAGGGAAAAUCACCAAAGGAUAUCGCUUCUGAGAGAGGUCAUUUGCACAUUGUAGAGCUGCUAGAAAAUUUUGACUAUGAGGUGUACAAAUUGAUCAGAAAGAGAAAGCAGAUGUUUAAAUCGCGUCUCCUAAAGUCGUCCAAUCAUGCAGCGUUCUGUGAUGUGAGCGUCAUGACAAUUGAGGAAAAGAGUAAUGAAAAUCUAUUGCCAUGA